AUGAGAAGAACACCAGAGGAAGCCUAUGACCUAGUAGAAGAGAUGGUGUCAAACAGCUACCAAUGGAGUAAUGAUCGAACCAAUCAAAGGGRAGUACACCAUAUCGAUUCCCUUGCAGCCAUAUCUGCUCAACUUGCUAAUCUGAAUAAGAAACUUGAUACUCUUAAUAUUGCAGCAAUAAAUACAUUAUCUAGCAUCCCAUGUGAUUUCUAUGGUCAAAUAGGACAUGCUAAUUCUGAUUGUCCAUUAUGUAGUCCUUUCACUUCAUAUGAGAAUGCUAAUCUUAUCUCUCAUGCUGGCAGGCCGAAUUUCAACUCCUACUCAAACACAUACAACCCAAGUGCUACUGAAGCAAGGUUCCAAGAGCAAGAUAAGAGGUUUUUAAGCCAUGAAGCAUCGAUUAAGAACUUAGAAGUUCAAGUGGGGCAGAUUGUGCAUAUGUUGUCGGAAAGAAAAGAGGAACGAUUGCCCAGCAAUACGGAGAAGAAUGCAAAAGAGCAAGUAAAUGCCAUAACUUUAGGAAAAGGGAAGACAAUUGGUGAGACCCAAAAGGAUGAUAAGGAAGCUGAUGUGGUCAAUCUGCAAAAGGAGAUCAUAAGGAAUACACCUAAACUGAGAUUAGAUGCUAUUAAACUUCCUCUCCCCUACCCUGAAAGAGUYUUGAAAGCUAACUUGGAUGAGGAAGUUAAGGAGGUUUUGAACAAUUUGAAGGCUGGCCAGGAAGGGUGCAAGCCAAGACAAGGUAAAGUUCAUAUGUUGCUGAUUUCUAAUAAGAGACCAUUACCCUCUAUUUUGCAGGCCCCUAUUCCAUAUUUGAACCCRCCCAUGAUGGAUGGAAGGGGAGCACACCGAAAUAUGCGACCAUGA